AUGGAACCUUUAGAUGAGACAUCAAGUUUAUUAAUCCAGGAGGAUAACAGAUUGGAGAGAACAGUGAGCGCAUUAGAGAGAAGUUACACAGAACAUAACUUAUCAUUACCUAAAAUACCUAUCAUUUUUUCAUUAUGGAUGGGUAGUUUUUUAAGUUCCAUUGACAGUACUAUCGUAGCUAAUAUUAUGAAUGGUGUAGCUGAAGAAUUUCAAGAAUCGAAUAAGAAACAAUGGAUUGCUACUAGUUAUCUAUUAACAAAUACUGCAUUUCAACCUCUAUAUGGUAAAUUAUCAGAUAUCGCUGGUCGUAAAUUUGCCGUCUUAACGGCUCAUUUCUUUUUCGGUUUAGGUUGUUUAUUAACAUGUUUUGCUCAAAAUGUGACACAAUUCUCUAUUGCAAGAGCCAUAUGUGGUAUUGGCGGCGGGGGUAUCAAUGCAAUGAGUAGUAUAACGACUAGUGAUAUCUGUACCACCAGAGAAAGAGGUAUAUAUCAAGGUUAUGCAAAUAUAGUCUUUGGGACAGGCCAGAUUCUGGGCGGUCCAAUCGGUGGUAUAUUCUUGGACUCUAUCGGUUGGAGACCACUAUUUGCUGUACAAGUACCUUUGAUUAUGUUUUGUUCGUAUUUAACUACUGUUAAUGUUAACAUUAAAUUGGUUCAUGUUCCACCAGUUAAAGAAAGAUUUACAUGGAAGAAUUUAUCAAGAAUAGAUAUCUUUGGUUCAAGUAGUUUGGUAGUCACAAUUAGUGCGAUACUAUUUUUAACUUCAACAAAUAUGAAUAAAAUUAUGUUGAUAAUAAUAAUAAUAGUAAGUUUUGCAUUUUUCGUAUGGGUAGAGACAUCAUAUGCCAAAGAAAGGAUUAUACCGUUCGAAUUACUCAAAGGUCCAUUUGGGUUAUCUUCAAUCGCAACAGUAUUCUCUUCGUUUAUUGUCUUCGGGGAUAUCUUUAGAUCUCCAAUUUAUAUGCAACUAAUUCAAAAUAUUUCAGUGACGAAAUCUGGUCUAUAUUUGUUGUUCCCUUCAAUGGCUACUGCCGUGGGUUCAAUCGUUGCUGGUCAUAUCUUAAGAAAAACAAAAUUAAACAUGGCUCAUUGUGCAUCCAUCAUCACAUUUAGUGGGAUAAUCCUACAAUUUACUGGUUUAAUUAUCGAAUAUACCGUGAUUGGUCAUUUACAACCUUCUCUUGCGACAAAGGAUAUUGUUGGUUCAAUGCUAACCACGUCGAAUUUUGAAUUUCAAUCAGAAUCAUACACGUGGAGAAUCCUAUUCAUCUCCGCAGGUGUCUUUGUUACAUUUGGGUAUUCAUUGCUAUUAGUGGCUACUCUAGUGAGUAUCGUGUUCACUGUGGAAAAAUCUCAACAAGGUACAAUGACUGGUAUUUUCUAUUUAUGGAGAUCUAUCGGUAACGUUCUUGGGGCCUCUUUAACUCUAGUUGUUUACGAGAAUACGCUAUCUAAAUUAUUAUGGAAUUAUAUGUUUGGAAGCAGAGAUGGUUCGUCUUCUUACAAAUUUACAAAAGCUCAAUAUUAUAAAAUGAUCAGUGAUUCUGCAAUCAUUAGAUCCUCAAAUUUCCCAACCGAUGUCUUGAAAGAUUUGUUAGACGUUUAUAGAAGUUCAUUUCUUGUUUCGUACUAUCCAAAUAUUGCAUUAGCUAUCUGUGGUAUUAUAAUUCUUUGGGCUUUGGUUAGAAUAUACGAUAGAGUUUCAAAGAACACAGUAGCUGUUUAG